CGAGUUCUUCGUUUUCUUUGCAACAGCCAACAAUCGAAUCGACUCCAUUGUAACUCCCGUGAAAAAUACAUUUAUUCCCUGUUUAAAUUCUAUUAGAAUCAAAUAAAUUUGUGUUUAAAGGCUUCAUUAACCAUUUACAAUUUCAUUUAUAUUCAAUUCUCAUGAUAAAAUAAUGAUUUAAUCGCGUUUAAUUGAAAAACUAAAAAACGCAAAUACGCCUAGAAAGUGAAAAAAAAAUAGUUCCUUCCUCCAAUUCUCCAAAGAUACGGCAUAAGAAAUACAACAAAAAAAACAACAGUGGAGACUUGCAUACUUGAUUAUGGCGGAUAUGUCAAAUAUUUUAUUGCAGUGGCAUUAUUGAUUUGGUUUUGGUUGUACUGAAGUUUUUAUCAAUUAUUCCUCUUUUCUUUUCAAUUAAUUCCCAUUAAAAGGAGUGUGGUUGUGCAGUGGAUUUAAGAUAUAUCAAUAAUUUAAUUAAAAGUUGAAAAACAUAUUACACAAAAUUGAUAAACGCAUAGUAAAUGGGCGUACAUUAAUCUCGCACGACGCACACCAAACGAAGGAAGAUACGAGGAACGCUGCUGCUGCUUCUACUUCGCUGCUCUAAAGUGCCUUUUUUCUUUGCUCAUUAUAAGAUUCCUCGAACUUCUUAAAUAAAACAACAACAGUAUUAUUUUUCAGAAAAUCUGAACUUCUGAAAAUUUACCAAACAAAUAAUACCGAUUCAAUAUUUCUUUUAAUAUUAUUAUUAAACAUGCUUUCAAUCAAUUUUACUCAAAAUUUGUUUUUAAAUGGGAUACAAAAACAAUAAGGAACCCGACAACCAAUUCACCUAAAUAAAGAACUAAAAACAAAAAACGACAGAAAUGGUUACUAACGCAUUAAAAAAUUCAAUCAUGGGGAAGAAAACAAAACAAAUAAAAACUUAGUACAAUUUACAUUAAAUUAAAAAUCCGAAUCAAUGCUAUAGCUACACACAUAUACUCGAAAUAUUGAAUUAAUUUUAUAUCGAGAGUCUUUGGUCUAUCGAUCACGUCAAUUACAAUAAAUUUGAACGUUUUAUACAUUCUAAAUACAUUUAGCAUUCAACACUUAUUCUAUAAUAAGAACAGUCAAAAUGACGGUAGAUUUUAACGACUAUUUUUGGGGGGAAAAGAACAAUGGCUUUGAUGUUCUAUACCACAACAUGAAGUUCGGUGUUGUGGCUAGCAAAGAGCUAUCUGAAUUUUUUCGUGAGAAAUCAAACAUCGAGGAGCAAAACUCCAAAUUAAUGACCAAACUAGCUCACAAGGCUGGAUCUGGCACAUUGAAUAGUACAUUUGCUCCAGUAUGGACGAUUUUACGUACAUCCGCAGAGAAGCUUUCCGCUUUGCACUUACAAAUGGUUCAGAAACUCACAGAACUGGUGAAAGAUGUGGCAAAGUAUGCUGAUGAAUUACACAAGAAACAUAAAAUUGUUAAAGAAGAGGAAUCCCAUACUCUGGAAUGUGUUCAGGCAAUGCAAUCAUCAACAGCUGCUGUACAAAAAUCAAAGGAUUUGUAUACAACCAAAGUAUUGGAGUUAGAAAAACUGCGAAAGGACAAUGGUUCACCGAAGGACAUUGAAAAGGUUGAAGCAAAACUGAAGAAGCUCCAGGAGGACUAUAAAGUACUUUUGGAUAAACACAAUCCAAUUAAAACCGAAUUUGAACGCAAAAUGACACAAACAUGCAGAAGGUUUCAAGAAAUAGAAGAAGUCCACCUGAGGCAGAUGAAGGAAUUUCUAUCGACUUACCUAGAACUGGUACAAAACAAUCACGACAUGGUUGGACAGGUUCACUCUGACUUCAAACGCCAAUUUCUCGAUAUGACAGUGGAUAAGCUUCUUGAACAGUUUGUUUUGAAUAAAUAUACCGGCCUGGAAAAGCCUGAAAUAUCCGAACUCCCGUUCAUUACCUUAUCGACGCAACCCACUUCUUCGACAAGUUCGCAUUUAAAUAUCUCCAAUCGGCCAAUAUCACCCGCAAAUCUCACAGACACACAACUAGCACAGCAACACCAAUUACCAAAACAACAACAACUAAUACAGCAACAACAACAACAAGGAAACUUGGAUGUUCUAACAUCAUCGGACAUUGGUGGGUCUAGCCUCAAUAGUGAAAACAUCAGUGGUAGCAGACUUUAUCUGUCCACAAAACCAGAUUCUGAUCCAAAGAGCCAAUAUUCUUCGACAGAGCGUAGCAUCGAAAACAUUGAAAAUAUAACACGAGCCUUAUCACCAGAGCCCAUACAAACAACAACCAUUAGCACUACAGCCACAUCGGUCAAGUCAAACAUCCGCAGUUGGUUCAGCAUUCCAUCAACGAAACAUUCCACAAGUAACACAACUAGUACAUGCAAUAACAACUCCUCCUCCUCUUCAUCUAAUGCAAAUAAAUUAACCAAUGGGAAUUUUGGUACGGACACUAACUCCAGCUCGAGUAUAAAUAAUUCCCAAAGUGCUAACCAUUCCAACAGUCCUUCCCAACAACUGGACAAUUCCAAUACCAACAUCAUUCAAAGUUCAUUUAUAUCGUCAGCCUUGACUCAACUAUCUGAGCAAAAUUCAGCAUCUUCUUCGUCGGUUCCAAAACGCCAUCAUGAAUCCCAGCAACAAGAGCAGCAAACCAACGACCAACGUCAGCAACAACAACCGCAGCGUCGAACGACUUCCCUGCUAAAUAUUUUCUCCUCCAAUUCUCAGGUUUCAGGAAUUCUAAGGAGUCGAAGAGAGAAGACUAAAACGAAAAAACUUAAAAAGAAAAAAGAACUCGAAGCUGGCGAUAACAAUAAGGACGAGAGAAAUGUUGUCAGCGAAGAAAAAGACCACUUACAAGACGAUGAACAAAAUAAAGUACAAAAAUCAUCAUCAGCGACGGUGGCUAUUCCAGUUAUUCCCGGUGUUGCACCAACAGCUGCUCCCGAAGUCGAUGAAGAUGGUUACAGUAUUCAACCCCAAAAAGAUGCCGCCUGGGAAGAUAAUCCAGAAAAUGCGGGAAGUUUCUACUCUGAUUCGGACUCAGAUUCAGAUAAUGAUAAACCUGAUAAAAAAAUUCACGUCAAAAUAAAACCCCUUAACAAUGGUACUGCUCCAAUGUCGGCCAGUGUUGAUGAACUACGAGCGACUGUGGGUAAUAUAUCGCUCUCGCCGGUGGGAAUUUUUUCGCACAGUCAACAGCUAGAACAAUCCAGCAUUGCGUCACGACAACAAAGUCCAGAAGUAUCAAAUGCAUCGACACCGACUGCUACUGUGCAUCCUUAUGCACCACUCCAAAGUCCUACUCUAUCGAUGUCUAACAACUCGAGAUAUGCCGACUUGGGCGAUAUAUUCUCUGAAGUUGGUGAAAUCAGUGCAUCUGCUCCUGCAUCCGCAACGAUAUCAAAGUCUGUAAGCCGCCAAAUACCAACACCAACAUCAGCCAACAGCAUAGCUAUUCCUCGUCCGCCUUCUCGACGUUCAGAGAUGGCACCACGAGGUCGAAUAAGUCCAUCGUCGAUGUCAAGAGCCGACAGUGUUGGCAGUAUGGAAUUCCGGAUGGGCGUCGGGCAUGGUUCAUCAAGAGGUCCAUCACCUCUAACUAUUGGCAUAUCGGAUACGAUACCCCUUGCUGUGGCCUUCCAUGAAAUUAUUCAUGCUUACUUUAGGGGUACCGAUGAAUCAAAGUGUCAGGUGAAAAUAACUGGUGAUAUGAUGUUGUCAUUUCCUGCUGGCAUAGCCGGUGUCUUGGCCAACAAUCCCAAUCCAGCCAGAUUGGGUUUUCGUAUAAAGAACAUCAAUAACCUUGAAAACAUUGUUCCCAAUCAAGAACUUGUCCAAGUUGAUCAUAAUCAAUCGGAUACGUUUAGUACAGUUCUUGAAUUUAAUAUGACUGCUUUGACGGCAAAAUUACGUCGUCAAUCGGAACAAAGCCCAUCUGCUGCUUACUUUAAUGUGGAAAUACUAAAAUAUCAGGUGCGCUCGAAACCAGGUGCCUCAUCGUGUCCAUUCCAAUUGGUAAGCUAUUGGAAAUGUGAACCAACAUAUACCGCCCUGAAAAUUGACUACAAGUACAACAAUCAUGCCAUGGCAGUUGCCACUCCAUUACUCAAUGUAACACUGUCAGUACCAGUAAACGGAUCCGUUCGAAAUGUACAAUCAAAGCCUCAUUCGGCGUGGCUUGGCGAAUCGAAUCGUUUGGUUUGGAACUUUACGGAUAUCUCUCAAAAUUCUCAGGGUGGUGGUGUUGGGACGCUGCGAGCUCGACUAGAAUUAAAUGAUGGUCCAUCGACUCCUAAUACCAUGACUACACAGUUCAAUUGCGAAGGAACCACCUUAUCUGGAAUUGAAUUUGAACUUAUUGGUAAUGGCUAUCGACAGUCGUUGGUAAAACGAAGAUUUGUUUCAGGUAAAUACAUCUGUGAAGGAGAUGGAAUUCGAAGUGGGGCAACUCCAACUCCACCCUCAGUUGGUUCGUCAAGUCCUUAUUCAGCGAAAUCCAAUUAAUAAGAACACAAAAAAAAACAAGGAAUAUGAUGAUGAUUACUCAAAGAUGCUGCAAACUUGCGAGUUUCGAGGAAAAAGUAUGUGCUGGAACGAUAAUAAACGAACAAAAAUGGAAUAAGACCCAAGAUUUGAAGAGAGAAUUUAUGUUAAAGAUAUUUUCUUCUAUUUUAAUUUAUUUUUUUGUUUUUAAAAAUACAAAGAAGCAGAAGUCGCAUUCAUAAAUGUUUUUUUUUUUUUAAUAAUAAUUUUGUUUGUUUGAUUAUAUUUUCUUUAUCCUGUUUCAUUAUUUUCGUACUAAAAUGUACAUAUAAAAUUGUUUAACCUGUUCUUUGUUUAUUAAUUAUAAAUUAUAUUAUUAUUAGCCUGCUAUAAAUCACCUCUCACAUACUUUUUGUUUUUCAAAACUAUUACAUAGCAUUAAAAGAAAGCUAAACAAAUAAUUAAAAGAAAACUGAAGAUUUCUAUAGUUAAAUUAUUAUAUGUAUAACCAAGCCUUACUUUUACCAAAUAAAAUAUUGUAUGUUAAA